GCUACUUUUGCAUUGCAAAUGAUGCACUCAAACAAUAGAUGAACCAGUAGGGUCUCAAAAACGAUACCAAAGCAGCCCGAUAAUGUUAUUAGAUUGUCACUCCUUUUUUCCAUAAUUUAUGCAGUAGGGUAAGCAGUAGAGAUGACAAAGGAAGCAAGUAGGAUAAUUUCCUUUUUAAUCAACUCAUUUCUUGUAUUAGGUUUGGCAUACCUAGGGUUGCUGAUAGAGAAAAUGUUUGCGACCAGUCUUUCCUUCAAGCUGCUGUCAAGUUUGUUGUUUGCAGAAGAGAGACAGUUGGAGACUACGAUUGACAUGUUGAUAACAAGAGUACAGGAUUUGAAGACAACAUUAACUUCUUUUCUUUUCAAAUUGGAACAUGAAAAUCCAAAUUGGCCUCAAAUGCUGGAUAGCUUUGCUGUACUUUCAGGUCAGAUCAACACACUGAAUAAGAUGAUAAAAGGUGAGCGAAUCCCGAUUCUGAGAAAUUUGGUCUUGUUUCCAAUAAUGGUUUCCUUGGACAGAGAUGAAUCUUUGGAGAAAGGCACUGAAGGUAGAAUCCAAUCAUUUAGUCACGAAGUUGUCCCCGAUGCUCUGAGGACCAAGUACGAGCCUGAUGUUGAAAAGGAAGAGGCGCGGUUUGCGAAGAACGCUGCCGAUCUCAGCCCAGAAGAAGCACAGCGUCAGAUCUCCACUCUGAAUGAACUGACGUCACACAUUGUUGACAUGAUUUCCACAGCUAGAGAAGAAUGGGAUUCUGAAAACACAUCCAAAAAGAUAGCAAUAACGCCAUCUGCAAAUGAUACGAAUAUUCUUCUAAAUGCCAUUUCUAGCGGAACAGGUCUAAGAAGAAGGCCGUCCGUUUCAGUUGAGUCAGGACCCACCUCAGAUCAGAAGGCAAAUACUGCCGCAUUGCACAACAAAGCUCAGAGUUCUAUGAAGGCGAAUGUUCGCAGUCAUCCUUAUGCAGGACAUCAAGCACCGCGGGGCCAGCAGAAGUGAGCACAAGCAACAACCAUUGGCCACUUUUUUACAAGAGCAUUCGUGUCAGGGAUAUCCAUGCUGGUUAGUGACCACAGAGGUUUUAUCUGAAUGCGAAUAUAUGACCUUAAAGCAAAAAACUUAUUCAAAUGACUAUUAUCAUAAACAAAGAUUCUUGAGCGGAUGUUACUGAAUGUUGCUCACAAAGUAAAGUGAUGCUGAGACAGUUGGACUAGUCAGAACUGUUCGCUGUUCCAAUCUCCUUCAGGAAUUUCAGACAUCUUCAGUGACAAAUUUCAGCUGAUACAUCUUGCAUUGUAUCUCUAGCAAUAUAUUUGGUAGCAAUAAAAGUUUGAUAUUUAAGUCUAAAGCGUGUUUAAUACCUGAGCUGCUCAGUUCUGUGUCUUUACUCGCCUUUGCCAGCAAUAUAUUGGCAUCUACCCUGUCUCAGUUUGGCACAAUGGAGAACUCGUCAUACGUUGCCAUAAGAAUGGUAAACCCUGUGGAAUGUGCCAUUGAAGAGUUUAACAGACCUAAAAGAAACCAAGCUCCCGAGGAGUACCGUUUAGUUGUGCCUACCGGAACUAAAAGUUCCUCCAAGUUUGUCUUAAAAGAGCGUUUUUCUUUGUGCCUUUGGUUCAUUACUACUGUGAGCGCCAUCUCUUCGUGGUUUUCGUUCCCAACUUUGACACUAAAACUAAAUCAGUACUACGAUAAGUCGUUCUUAGAGAUAUCAGUUAUAUUUUGGAUAUCGCCGCUGUUCAUGGCAGCCAUGCUUCCUCUUACAUCACUGUUUACACGGAAAAGCUCAUUACCAGCAUUGAUGGUAUCAGCAUUCGCUAACGCAUUGGGGUGUGCAGUCAAAUGCAAAGGAACCUCACCAAGCGGUUAUUCCAUCAUUUUCGGUGGACAAAUGCUGAUCGCCUGCGCAGUUCCAUGGUCCUUUGGAUUUCUCUUCGCAGGCAGAAAGGAGAAUCAAAGCAAAGCUCUGUUUCCUUUGGGUUUAUUGGCUUUAACAUUAGGCUGCGUAUUUGGUUGCGUAGUGCCCGUCGUCCUGCUUUUAGAUGGUGAAUCAAUGAAAGAAACAGGAUCAAAGUUGCACGCAUAUUUCUUAUGGGACGCAGUUAUUUCAACUCUUAUUUUUGCACUCAUUCCAUUCGCUCUGAAAGAACGAAAGAAACUCCCUGAUUCAGAUUAUCGAGCCUUUGUUAUUCCACCAAAUGAUGCUGAGCAGGGGUACGAGGCUGCCCAUGGACAUGUCACCAUAGAUAUAGGCGGUGCAGGCAAUAUUUCCUCUAGUAAUAUUAUACAUUGGGCCUUGCACUUUAAAGAAACUCUUUUAACGCGAAAAAUGGUAUCGUGCGGGCUGAAUUAUGCGGUUUUCCUCAGCUUCUUCCUGGUUUCAGUCUUAUGUGUUCAGGACCCUUUCUCGUUAUGGCCUAUUUGCCUACUAGAAUCUGCAGUCGUUGUUACUAUGGUGAUCGCUUUUCUUUUUGGAAGAAUCUUGAAAAAGGAAUGCUCAAAAUGGAUUGCAGGCAUCUGUCAGUUGGCAUUUCUUUCUUCUAUCCUUGCCUUUGCUUAUAUUUUAGAUAGCUCAUCAAGCAAGGGGAAAUACUCCGCCUUUUUCUUUAUGCAUGCCUUUAUCGGACUACAGUUGUUGAUUUCUGCACAAAAGCUUAAACUUUCACCUCAGUCAAAAGAUCAGAUGUUUGCAGCCAUGUUUUUUCUAAGCCUUGCUACUACAAUUGUUUGUUUCUUGUUGUUGGUUUUAUUAUGGAAAGUAGCCGUAUUUGCUUGGGCUAUAGGUGUCUGUAUUGUGUUUAUAAUUUCGUCAAUAUGUUUUUUUCUUUCAUAAUAAUCAACCACACAAAUAAAGCGAUUAUCAAACUAUUGCAAUACUUGGCAAUGUUUCAAAGCAUCAACAAACCGUCAUUCUUAGCUGCACAAUUCUGGCAUCGAUUUUUUUGGCGCUGUAGGAGAGGCUUAAGGGGGGGUAUAUAGGGAAAUGAGAUUUCAGUACUGGGAUUUAGGCAGUUGGAACUGGGAAAUUCAUUCUGGGACAGGAUGCGCAUUGCAUUUAUUGAUUAAGUUAAGUAUAACGUCUAGCCAAUGUUCACUGGGAAAGGGCUUUUACCUAAAAAUGGCUGGGAACUAAGAUCAAGAACCAUAACCUCUCUCCCUUUUUCAGGACCCUCUCAUAGUAUCCUUGCUGCUUAGCAAAAUAUAUUUUGGACGCAGCUAGCAAAAUAUAAUAUGUUUUUGAUAUACCGUGUGGUUAUUACAAAAAUUCAGAUUUUAAAUGUUAAGUCUAAGUGGAGUGAAUUUACAUGAUAGUUCAGGAAUCAGGUUGAGCAAGAUUUAGACUUCCCAGUUCAGUUUCUACAUCCGAUCUUAAUUUCAAUGGAAAACUUUCAAGAUAUUUGUUCUCUUCCGUUGAAAUCUUCUAAGAAUAAAUAACUGGAAUAAAGCAAUCUUUCAUUCAUUCGUCUUCAUAUUUCCGUUUUUCAUAUUCACGUACCUUUGUGGAGUUUGUGGAUUGUUUCAUUAGAUAGUGUUGUUUUAUUGAAUAUUCUGUUGAUUUUAGUGAAUAAAAUAAUUUUAAAUUAUAGUAGAAAUAUUCUUCGCCCCGCAAAAGCAUAUAAUUGAAAUUUUGGUUAGUAAUUAAUUACACUUGGGAAGAGCAUUGACUAAUCCUUUUUAGCCAGUCAUAGCAAGAUCUAUUUACUCUCUUUGUAGAAUCAUUACCUAUCUUUGGAUUAACAAUUUCAUAAAUAAUGGAAAGUUUGACAC